AUGCACUCAAAAAAGUGGAUGCUGGGGAUGGAAAUGUACAUACUUUGUCCCUGGAUUCUACCGACGAUUUUUGUGAGGGGGACAGUGAGAGAUGCAAGGUAAACCACUGCCUGAAUAUUUUAUCUUUUAACUUACAUAUGUUAUAUAUGUUUACAAAGAAAAGAAAAAAAAUUGCGGCUUUAUUUCGAUCCGCGUCCUUUUUCGAUCCGUAACUAUCUAUAGUCUGUCGCUGUCUCCCCUCCCCACUGACACUUGUUUGAUUUUCGAACCCAGUCCAACAUCUCCUUUCACACGUUCAAUUCGAAAAAUGGCGUUUCGCAGCAAAGUUUCCCCUUUCGUUCGUUCGUCCUUGAGUGUGUUUAGAUCCCCGAUAGUCAGGCGGACACUUACUUCUCAGUCUAAGGAGAGCGCCUCGUAUUUCCGUUUUGCUGGACCUUUUGUUAUUGGGGCUACCGCUGCCGGUGCCGGCCUUUUUGCUGCAAGUCGAUUGUACAACAACAAUUUUACUUUCUUCGAGAAUGUACACGCUGCAACUAAGGUAAUUUGCUUGGAUGUUGUAUUUAUAUGUAUUUAUAUCGGUAUGGAAUACUUUUGAGACCUCAACGUAACGUAUGACUUUAUGUGGGACACUUGUUGGCAAAAUUUCGAUAUUCUUGGUUUGCAACCACGUGACAAGGCGGCCAUGUUAGGUGUCAAUACCUUAGAAUUUUUUCUCGAAGAAUAUUCACAUGAAGAUGGAGUUCAGUUUACUUACCAGAGGGGAGAAAUUUUUUUGUUCUUGAUCACCAGCAUGACCAUUAUUCUUGUUAGUCCUUUGGACUCUAUGAUGCACUGCCUCCAAUAUUAUUGUAGCUUUAUCUCGCUUGAAUCUAAAACAAUUGCUCCUUCUUAAGAUUGUAAUAUUGUUCUGAUAGUGGUUAGUGUAGAAACUAAGCACCCCCACUCCCCACACACACGCACACCAGGGGGGAGGUAAUCCCUGUUAUUGCCUAUAGAGGGAGGCCCACCCGAGAUGGGUACAUUUUAUUCAGGCUUCAGGUAUAUGCAAGGAUAGGGAAAUCUUUCAUUUCAGUCUGUUAAAUGACCUAAAGGGACCUCAGAAAGAUUUUGUGGCUGUGGAAAAGGUGAGAAAAUUUUCUGGUUUCAUGAUUUAUUCAUGUUUAAAAGACAUUGCAUUUACAGCAGUUAAAAGGGGAUGCAAAGAUGAUCUAUAUCAGGUGUGUGAAAGGGCGGUGCCAUUUGUCCAUGAAAGGGAUAUAAAAGGGCUACCUUUUCUAUCAAAAAUGGUACAUAAAAGGAGAGGGGAGAAUGAACUUAGAGAAAGAAUCCCUAUGCCCGGUGAUAAUUAUUUGAAAUCUAUUUUAAGUUUGCACGCAUGCUAGGAAAGUCAUUUUUGUCUGUUGUUUCCGUGACACUUGUGGUCUACUUUCACAUGGACAUGACAUGUUUCCCCCAGCGAAACAAUAAAUUGAAGUUUGACAGCUGUUAUAGCAAUUUGUCAUGCCAAAGGUUUAAGUUGCUGACACGUUUGAAAUUUAUCAGCUUGUUCCCUCAUUAUUUAGGAACGAGUCUCAAUGAGAAUGGAUUGCAGUAUUGGAGUCAAAAUGCGGCUUUGAGAUUUAAAAAGAUUAACAUUUUAACGGGAUUGUCGUUUGAUAUUCAGUGGAUCACAUCCCUGGUAUGUUUUGCGUGGAGUUCCAACAUUUCGUUAAUCUUUUUCAUAAAUAGCAAAAUUGCCCUCGUCUUCAAAAUUGAAAUGCUAAAAUUGAACUGCGAAUGAAGAAUCGUUGCGGAGAGUCAGGAGGUUUUUCAUUUAGAGGCGCUUUGUGGUUUCCGCAGUGAUUUUGUUUAUGCGAAGUUUCUGAGACCAAUGUUGUAAUUCGACCUUCUAGCUAUUUUCACCAUCAAGUGUAAUGAGUCUGUUAGCUUUUCUUUCUUGUUUCCUUGUUUUCUUUUUCUUCAUUAAGGACCGAAUAGCUUCCUUUCAAUUAAAGCAAAUCAUUGUGUUUUUGAACUAAUUGUUCCAUGUGUGUAUUUCUUUCAUUGCGUGAUUGCGAUUGUUUGGUUACGGAAUUACAACUGGUUCAGAGUACUGCAUGCAGUUGAGAGUUUGAACAUUAAACAUGAAUUACGAUCAAAAAAAGUAAAGCCAUUCUGUAUCAUGCAGACAUUUCCAAACGAUAUUUCUUGGUUUGCCACUUGAAAAUUGUGUUAAAAUUUUUGCAUGAAUUAAGCAAAGGAGUGGUGUGAUGUCAUUGGACAGCACUAACGGCUGCUCGAUUCAGAUGUUACUGAGGGAGUAAUAACGACUCGGAGUAAUUGGAUGAAAUUCAGGCUAUGAAGUUGCCUGAUGAGUUUGGUCCUAUAAUGUUUUGGACCAUAUGAAACAGUACUGUCGCAAUAAUCGAUGAUUACUCCUGAAGCCUGAACUCCUGUGAAGUUAUAGAAUUUCCAAUAUAUUAUUAUGAUCAGGAUGCUUGUGCUCUUGCUUGGUAGACUGCAUUUUAGAUUUUGGCCUCAUGAAGGGAAUUCAGGAUGGAAAGCUGAUGUUUGUGCUUGAAAAAGUAUCACUAAUUUCAGGGUUGUGUAUAUCUAUCUAUACAAGCUCCCCUAUCACUUUCACAUGGAAGCUUCCCCUGAGGCAAGAAGACAUGAAAUUCUGAUUCAGAGGUAGAAUGGACUAAUAGUUUAACCUAAGAAUGGAUUAAUUACCUACAACAGUUACACCCGCUCUUUGAUUUAUGUCCUCUGUGCUCUGCCACCUGUCUUUUGAAUUAUUAUAAUGGAAGUAUGAUUAUUUCUGCAUCUAUGUACUACUAACCAUUUGGUUUCUCGGUUCAAUUUUUAGGUAGAAAACAAACCAGAUAAAACUGAAAGAACCUUUAUAAUGGUGAAGCCUGAUGGUGUCCAGCGUGGUCUUAUUGGAGACAUCAUCAAGCGAUUUGAGCAGAAAGGGUUCAAAUUGGUAGCAAUGAAAUUUAUGCAGGUAAGAAGGAUUCUAAUGGAAUAUUGUAUUCCUUUUUGUAUUUUUUGGCCAGUUGAUUAUAGCUGGUGAUAAACAUCUUAGUCUCCACUUUCCCCUACUUUUUGUUUGAAGUGCAGUAAGUUAUGUCUGUGUUCUUUCCAAGGCAAGUGAGGAACAUUUGCGACAGCAUUAUGCUGACCUAAGUAAUCUGCCUUUCUUUCCUGGACUUGUGAAGCACAUGGCUAGUGGGCCUGUUGUUGCCAUGGUAAGAUGCAAUUUUAAUUAUUAUCAUUAUGGACCCAUGUCAAUUUUCAGACCCUUUCUAGGAAAUAAAACUCUGUGCGCUGUAACUUAACAUGACUAGUUUAGCUUUAAUAUUAUUUGAUAAUGUUUGGACAGACUGACCCAUGACUGCCUCCCAAUAAAUGGCUCAAAAAGCUCCCAAAAACAGUUUUUAGCUUAGUGUUUAUCUAAUGCACUAACUUGACCCUCCAAUACCCACUACCCCUCCCCAAGAAACCUAAUAAUAAUUUUUAUUAACGUCUUGGCCUGAAGGUAAUGCUGGCCACUCAUCAGAAGUUAUUUUGGUACUAAUGACCAAUUGACCAAUGGUUUGUCAAACUGUAAAUAAAAGCAGAACUUAGCUCCAAGUGAACAGAAUAUUAAUUAGACAAAACUCAGGAGAAAUUUUAACAAGUAUUCACUGAGAAAAUCUGCUAUUUCUCUACUCAAUCUUGUCAAGAAGGGAAAUUAAAACUCAUUCAUUCUCUUUGAAUAAAAUGAGUGUAUUAUGUAUGAGGUUUUUGGUUUAAUUUUAAAGCAGUCCACUCUGUCCGUAACCAAAGUCAGGGAUUUGGCUUAUAGUGGAUUCAAGUAUUUUCACAAUUCACUCAUGCAGAAUUAAAAGAAUAUGCAAACAUUGAGCAAAAUUAUUCAUUUGAAGGGACAUUAAAAGAUAGUAUCAAUCUGGUGACACUCAAAUGUGUACAUUCUAGCUCUUUUUGAUAACUGAAAUCUUCAGCCAGCAUUGCCAAAAUACACAGCCUUUAAACAUCUCUUAGGUUGACCACCUUUUUCUGCUUCCUAUUUUAACUUCACUUGGCUUGAAUACGUGAAAAAAAAAUUGUGCUGGAUUGUUGCAAAACUGCACAUCAACAAGUGUUUUUGAACUGAAAAAUGUUGUACUGCGUGUUAUGCCUCUCAUGUCAUAAAAAAUGCCAGAAGAAGACUCUGGCACUGUACAAGUCUGAGAAGGACUGAAAGUUUAAUGGCAACUGAUCGAUGCGCCUACCAGAGGCUAGUUUUUGUUUCUCUUUAAAAAGGGAUACCAUAUGAUAAACCACUUAUGGACCUCACUUACCCAGGCUGGACUGUACUGGGUAAUAUUAGACCUAGGUCAUUCUUGUACGGAGUUUAAUGUGCUUGGUCUGUACUACCACUUCAGUACAAGACCAGUGACACCAAGUCAGCCAUGUCAGCACUUAGCAUUCACUGUAAAGGAUCAGAGUUAGAAAGCAUUAAUGUUGUGGAAGCUAAGUUGAAUUAAGAGGGGAACUCUCCCUUAGUUAGCAUCUACAUGUACAUGUACUGUAAGGGAUUAGAGUUAGAAAUCAUCAAUGCUGUGGAAGCUAAGUUGAAUAAUGCUAGUUAGCAAAGCAGUUCAGUUUCUGUUUGUUGACUAGCUUAUGAUUGCACUAGCUGGUAAUUAGAUUAUGAUUUCCUGUAGGUGUGGGAAGGUCUUGGAGUCGUGAAAACUGGACGUGUCAUGCUUGGAGAGACAGAUCCUGUGAGUUUAAUUUUAGGCUUAGCUGAUAAAUAUAUUUUAUUUAUUUUUAUUGAAAUGAGGUUUGGAAUAUAAUUAACAUGCCACAUGGAUAUUCUUUAUGUAUACUGCACUUGUCAGCUAUCCUUUUUAAAACAUAUUUUAAAUUUAUUAUUUGAACUUUUCCUAUCAAUAUUUUAUUGAGAAUAAAUUAGAGGUUUGGGGAGAAAUGUAUUGAUAAACUGCCACCAGCACAGAAAACAUGUGCAAUUUUAGUUCUGCAAUGAGUUAUGGAUUACCCUCCGGGAACUAAUUUGUGGGUGCAGCUCCAAAAUGCCACUGUUGCAACAUCAUUUAGGUUAUCAUUAGAUCCCAUCGACCGUAGCCCCUUCAGACACCUCAUGAAAUUUACACAACGUAGUUUUUCUCUUUAUGUAUUAUGCACCUAUCAAUGUAAACCCCGUGGGGGGGGGGGGGGGGGGGGGCCAAGGGGGGGGGGUUUGACAAAUUUUAAAUUUUUUUGAUCAAAUUCCCCAGGGUGGGAAACGAAAGGUCAAUCANCCCCCACCCCAGGGGAAAAAAUCUAAACAAACAAUACUAUAAUACUGUAUAAAACGAAUUAAAAGAACAUUUCAAAAGUACGUCCUUACUAAACGUAAGCUCCAUUAAAUUACUCGCUGUAAUUAAGUAUUUUCUCUCUCCACUAGCAUCUCUUAUUUUGAACAACAAAAUCACUCUAGGAAGAUUGACCGUGCUAUUAUAAUAUUAAUGAAACAUAAAAUGCUUUAUAACAUCUGCUCAACAUGUCGGAACAGGUCGGAUCAGUGACCUGUAAAAAAUCCUCUGACUUUCAAGGUGGAAUUCGAUUUCAAUCGAGUUUUACAAUCAGAUGGGAACUUGAAGAUAAAAACUUUCUCAAAAUAGACAUUAUCUGUUUAGAUGACAGUUUAAAGUAUCGGAUUAUGUCGAUUAAAACAAAUGAAAACUUCACACCUUUCUCCAACAGCGUGACUUUCAGAAAGCCUCGAGGGACGGAUUUGGUAACCGCUUCUGAAUUGAUACCAGGCUUCUGUCGGUCAAAGUCAAAUGUCCCAACCCCGGGCUCGCUUCUUACGAUCAAAAGCCCGACAGGGGGAUAGUCUCAGGCAUCAAACCCCCGCCCCUUGCCCGCCCUCCCCCCCCCCUCCCCCACAGGACUUACAUUGAUAGGUGCAUUAGUGUUAAGCACUGCUUUUACUGAUUAGGGUUAAGCACGUUUUGGGGGUUGCGGUUGAUGCUCUAUGUACUUAAAUUAUUUUCCCUCCAUCCGUCAAACCUGCAGUGGUCUAGUGGUUAGUGUGGCUUACUGGGUUUUCUGGCUCGUGGGUUCAUUCCUACUGCUUUUCAUAUUAUUUUUUUUUCUUUCAAAUUGAAGAGACUUGCACUUUCAUGAACAUUUCCAGCUUGAAAUAUCAUCUAUUAAAGUGCGAUAUUAAAGCAGAAAACAGUUCUAGCCACCUUGUGUAAAUUUCACUGCGGGAGAAAGGGGCUACGGCCAAUGGGAUCUAAUGCUGACCCAUCAUUUACACUGUGGGACCAGGCCUGUUCAAAGCCCAGGGGCACUACAGAUUUUGUGUGACGGAGAUGAUCAAAGUAUUUGAGGGGGGAUUGAAAUUUUCGAUUCUUGGAUUUUUGGGGGUAGGAAAAUUUGGCAAGUUAUUCUUUUGGUUGGCUUGAUUUUAUUAGGGGUUUUUUGGGUACUCAAAACAAUGGUCCCUGUGGACCACCUCUGGCCUCUGCAUUUAAAAGAAAAAUGUUAUUUGAUUUUUUAAAACUUUCCUCAUUUUAAUUAGAAAUUAAAUUAAAUUAUGGAUAAGUCAUCAGGGAAUUCUCGUUAAUUCUAAAACCUGGUAAAUAUUUGUAAACAGUGAAUUACUAAGCCUGAAAUCCUGGAAAUGAAAUUGUAUAGUUGUAAAAGAAUCAUUUUUGGACGAUAUUAUAUAUAUACUUCUACUCAUUGUCUAUUUCUUUCUUAAUUUGUAAACAAUAUUAUCUUUUUUAUUCAGCACAUGGAAUAAAUACUGGAGAAUUUUAAACCAGUGUAUUUGUCUUAUUUACAGGCAAAAUCAAAACCAGGAACAAUCCGUGGAGACUAUUGUAUUGAGAUUGGAAGGCAAGUUUAUUGAUGAAAAAAAGUUGUUGAGGUUUCAAAUUCUUAAUUGACUUUAAAGUUAUAGCCAUAAGCAAUAAAAUAUUAUUUUCUCUGUUUCUCUGUACCACUCUGUUGUGGCAAGAAGAGAAGAAGAGAUUGGGUUGCUAAUUUGAAGGGCAGGGGGGAGCACCUAUUUUUUUCCGUAAUUUUGGCCUCAAUAAUCUGAAGGUAUCAUUCAUAGGAAACGCAGAUUUGUUUUUUACAUCUUUUAAUACAUCCUAUUAUUACUAUCCGAGAGCAGAAUUUUUAGACUAACCUCUCUACCAUGUCCAUAUUAUAAAGGUGCACAUAUUCAAGGCAGCCCAAACUCACUAUAUAGGCAAUAUUGAGUUAUGAAGCGAUUUGCAGUUGUUACGCUAUGAGAAUCUUUUAUGAUUCUAACAGAUCUCUUCUUUUGAAGGUUUUCCAGAAUUUUAUUUGCUGGGUAACUUGGAUUUUCUAGGUUCAGAACUUCAUUUUUGCUUUCUAAACAGGGAGAAAAAAGAGUUUGUAUAGUUUAUUCCAGCCUGCGUAUACAGCUGUAGCCUGCAGAACAGGUUUUAUUUUUUGAUGUUUUUCCGGCAUGAGAAGGCAAGCAGGAGGCAGGCGGGCAUGUCUUGCACUCCACAUCACCUUGUGCUGGCCUUCACUUAGUCUGCUACACAGCCGUUUUUAGUGUCGUCACCCAACGCUCCUCCCCACAGUGGGAAUGACAGCUGCCUCUUGUCGUCGCUGGGUGACUCUCUCUUGAAAUGCCCCAGUGACGAGGAGUGCUGUGAGGCUGCUGUAUAAGCUGGUAGUACAGGCAUUCUUUGCAUGUUUCAGGCCAGUGAAGGCUAGUCCUGCUAUACAGCCGUUUUUAGUGUUGUCACGCAACGCUCCUCCCCAUGGGGAGGAGCACUUCUCGUCACUGGGGCGUUUUAAGAGAGAGUCACCUAGCGAUGACAAGAGGCAGCUGUCAUUCUCAGGCACAUAAUCUUCUCAUAAAUUUUGCAGACCUGAUGAGUUUCAUUUCUUUUGUGCAGGAAUAUUAUUCAUGGCAGUGACUCAGUAGAAAGUGCAGAAAAGGAAAUUGCUCUUUGGUUUAGUAAAAAGGAAGAACUGGUGGACUGGACUCCUGCAGCCUAUAAAUAUGUUUAUGAAAAAUGA